GAUGAUUUAAGGGUUGAACUCGAGAUGGAUCCUGAAUUGCCUGCAGUGUUGCUGAUGGGGGGUGGUGAAGGAAUGGGUCCAGUUAAGAAAACUGCAAAGGCCCUUGGAGAAUCUCUAUUUGACAAAGAACUUGAGAAACCAAUAGGGCAGCUGAUUGUUAUUUGUGGUCGUAACAAAGACCUAGCUUCUACACUGCUCUCGCUUGAGUGGAAAAUCCGGUGAAGAUUAGAGGGUUUGAGACUCAGAUGGAGAAGUGGAUGGGUGCUUGCGACUGCAUUAUUACGAAAGCAGGGCCCGGUACAAUUGCAGAGGCAUUGAUCAGAGGGCUUCCUAUCAUUCUCAACGACUAUAUUCCUGGACAGGAAAAGGGUAACGUUCCCUAUGUGGUAGAAAACGGUGCUGGUGUCUUCUCCCGGAGCCCCAAGGAAACAGCCAGGCUUGUGGCCGAAUGGUUUAGCACCAAAACAGAUGAACUCAAGAGAAUGUCAGAGAAUGCCCUCAAACUCGCCCAACCAGAGGCCGUUUUCAACAUCGUGAAGGACAUUCACGAACUAUCAUGCCAGCGGGGGCCCCUAGCCAGCGUCCCCUACGAGCUAACAGCAUCGUUCUCCAGCCUAAUUUAACCGAUCAAACCCACAUCUCCCGGUGGGGCUAACAUCUGAUCUACUAAGUAAAUGUGUACAGGUAGUAGACCUCCCAUUAAGUCUCUUAUCAUUCUUUGGUAUUGAAAAGUCUUUCUACGCAUUUAAGUUGCCAAAUUUUGCUGGGCAAGAUCAGAUCUGAUGUUUGGAAAGGUUGGGAUUAGUUUCUCUGGUAUUCGAGCAGAAGAGAAGUUUUUAUGGUUGUAUAUCUAGUAUCCUGUUUUGCUGAAUGAAUCCAAAUUUCCAUGUAAUCUCCCUUUGUUGUGUUGCUUCUGGAAGCUUCUUUCAUUGUUGAUACUCCAGUGCUUUCCUUAUUGUCAUUCUCUCCAUGCUUAUACGGCAAGAGUUGUUGAGCUGUUGAAGAUUACU